AUGGCACCCCAACAACGGAUGCAAAUCCCUGGAUUCUACUAUGACGAGGAGAAGGGAAAGUACUUCAAGAUCGAAAAGGCGCAGUCGGCGCCGCAGAACGCCGCGUGGUCCGCAGAGAGCGUCAAGCGGCGUAAGGUCAAGCAUCGCGAGGCCGAGGCCGUCGCCGCGCGCCAGGAAAGGCUUAAGCGGCACAUUGUCCGGUCCGCCGUGCUCCGGGACCCCCUCCUCGGCGGAUUCCUCGAAGCCGAGCUCGGCGUUGUGAAGAGAGAGAGGAAGAUCCGGAGCGGUGGCGGCGGCGGCAGUAGCUUUGGGGUGAAUGACGUCCCUGCCGCUGCGUGGGCGAGGGGGUUGACGGACAAGGGGGAUGUGCCGUUCGUGCCCAGCUUCGCGACGGGGAGGUUUCCCAACAUCCCGUGCUUUUGGAUCGGUGGGCACGACGACAAGACGGGGCUCGGGGUCGCGUAUGCGACUGUUGACGAAGAGACUGUGAUCGGGUCGUAUAUACCCACCAACCAGAAUGACGAGAUAUCCUUCAGUACAGAUGCUUCCAGUCGUCCGGAGCAUCGGCUGUCGCAUCGCCAUGAGAUGAUUGGCUGCCCUCAGAUCUCAUCCAUCAACUACCACCCUAACUCACACCGUAUGAUCAUAACAUCACGGGAACCGAGUAACAAUACAAACCUCUACCUCUUUUCGCCGCCACGGUCUGCCCCAAACGACCACCGGCCGCAGUGGUUGCUUGACAGGGCUAACAACCUCCGUCACAUCUCUUACCGCAGCGGCCGCCACGAGGGUGUCGUCAACUCAACGACCAUAGGACCGCCUUCCUCAUCCAACCUAAUCUGCGUCAUCGGCACCAGCUUCGGUCUGCUCAGGCUCAUGGGCGACGAGCGCGUCAGAUGGCUCGGCCCGCCCCGGCCCCGCCCUGGCCCCCCGGAGGGCGACUUCUUCACCUCGUCCUUCCUCCCGGACAACCCCAACGUCCUGUUCGCGGGCGGUCGAAAUCCCACCAUAAAGCUGAUGGACAUGCGCACGAUGUGGGACCACUGGGAGCUCCUCCCCAUCGGGCCCGUCGCACACCUGGAGGCCGUGAACCCGCACCAGUUCGUCGCGGCGGGGCCGCGGUCGCGGAUGGCCGUGUUCGACAUACGGUACCGCCGCUUGCUCCCGAACGGCGUGCGACCGGUGGUUGAGUUCGAGGGGUACAAGAACGAGGCGCACAUGCACAUCGGCUGGGCCGUCGACGCGGACGCCGGGGUCGUGGCGGCGGCGCACGAUGACGGGGCCGUGGGGAUGUAUUCGCUGCUGUCGGGGCGGAGGCUGCGGUGUCCUGCUGUGGACGGGAUCAAGGGACGGACGCCGAUUAAGAGUUUGAGAUUCACGGCUAUGCCGGGGAAGCGGCACAAGAGCUUGUUUGUUGGAUUGGGACCGAAUUUGAAGAUGAUUAGUGUUGGUGCCUUGGGGGCGGAUGAUGAGUGUUGA